AUGACUGCGUUCCAAGGAAGCUCCCUCGGUGACACGGCUGCAGAAGCAGACAGUGAUGACAGGAUAGUCCUGCAAGACGGACUGGGACUUGUGCAAGUUGGUGACGUUGGCAAAGCCUUCGACGUAGUAGCUUUCUCGGGUGAUAUACAGGCCCACAAGUUGUAUGCUGCCGCUUGCAGGAAGAACAAGGAGAACGUGAAAAUUAUUCACGAAUUGCCUCUCCCUAGUGGCAGGGCGCUUGUGCCGGAGGACUUUACUCAUGCGGCUAUGGAUAUAAUGAAGGAGUAUGGUACUACGGCAAGACUCUCUUCAGUAUCAAAGACCAUGAUGAAGCUAGUAUUGCGAUCAGAGCUCUAUGAGAACGAGGCUAUAACUGAGCUUCACGAGCUGGCUGUUAACCUUGUCUAUACCUAUAUGGUGCCCGCAUGUCUAGAGCUUGCUACUGCCAAGGAUGCCGGUUCAGCAAGGUCUUCAGGCUUCUUUGACAAGAUCGAAGCAGUAUCUGUGGAGUUUGACGCUCUUGAGUCACAUGAUAUCCAGGCUGCAGUAACUUUUACGCAGUACUUCAGAUACCGCGGUAACCCCGACAGGAAAAAGCAGAUACUGCAACUAGGUGAGACUAGGGCCUAUGUGUAA